AUGAGUCGCCGUCUCGCCACCUUUUCCAGACAUCUCUCCAUAUCAUCCAAGGCAUCCUCUUCUCCAGACAUGUUCGGCGCUAUCAAGUCCAAGCUCGGAUACGAGAACCUCCCCGCCGACGCCGGGAACAAGUCGUUCUACGACCUCAAGGCUCAGCUCCCCGGCCAGGACAAGUACCUCGACUUUUCGACGCUCAAGGGCAAGGUCGUUCUGAUUGUUAACACCGCUUCCAAGUGUGGUUUCACCCCCCAGCUGUACAAGGACUACCACGACCGCGGCUUCGAGGUCAUCGGUUUCCCCUCGAACGAGUUCAACGGCCAGGAGCCCGGCAACGACGAGCAGAUCGCUGAGUUCUGCCAGAGCAAGGUCAACGGUCCUGACAUGAACGAGGUGUUCGCGUGGCUCAAGUCGCAGAACGCUCCCGGCGCCGGCGGUGUCGCUGGCACGACCUCGAUCAAGUGGAACUUCACCAAGUUCCUCGUCGACAAGAACGGCAAGCUCGUCGACCGCUUCGGCUCCACGACGACGCCCGCGAGCAUCGCGCCCAAGAUCGAGAAGCUCCUCAACGCCUAA